UUAGUGAAGGCGAAGGCCUUCGUUGCUGGAGUGGAUCCCGACACCCCGUUUGUGUUUGGAAAUCGUGAAGACGAGCACGGCUUCCCUUUUGUCGGUAACGGGGAAGAUGAUGACCCGUUGAUACUUGGAAUCACGAGUUUGAAGCUAAUGCAAAACAUGAGUUCGCUACAGGAUCGCGAAGCUUUUCUCAUUUUUCACUUGGAUGCUACUUUCAAGCUGAGCGACAUCGGCUACCCUGGUAUUACGUGCGGUUUCACCGAUCGCCACCGAAGCUACCACCUAGCCGCGCUUUUCAUUGUUAGCCAAAGGACCCGACGCGAAUAUUACAAAUCGAUUGGAGAUUUCGCACGAAUUUCCAGGACCCACAUGAAAAGACCACUACGAGUUGACGUGACAAUGGGCGACGCCGAAGAGGCCCAAUUGAACGGACUGCGGGAUGUUGCAGAAUAUGCAACCUGCCCGUACCUGAUGUGUUUCUUCCACGUGAUGUACAAUGUACGCAAGCGAGUGCGACACUUGCCAGAUUCUGUGCGAGCUAUAGUGUAUCGUGGUAUUCUUGACAUGCACUACACACUCAACCAAACCGAAUUUUGGGAGGUGUGGGGGCGUGUAUCUCAAGAGUGGCAAUGCGAUAGAAGGUCGCACGUCUUUUUGGCAUAUUUCGCGGCACAAUGGAUUCAUAGCCGCUUCUGGAGAUGGCAGAUUUAUCACUCUCCAGGGGGGUACGCUACAACCAACAACCCAUGUGAAGUGUUCAAUACCAGCAUCAAGCGC